AUGUUAAAUGUUAAUAUUGAUUUCUAUUAUUGUGAUCCUCAACCAGAAGACGUGGACAUAAAUAAGGUAGACUUUCCAUUAGUGGAAUCAAUAAUGAUAGAUCCAGAAUUUGAAACAGUAAAUAUUUUAUUAACACAGAGUCCAUGUGGAAAACUUCACGCUGACAGAAUAACAGACGUUGAAGCACUCACCGGCUAUAAAGUUUGUCCAUAUUGUAAAGAAGAAGUUUAUUCUAUCCGUGAUGAUCCAGAAAGGAAAAACCAAAGAAGAUUUUUAAAGCAUUGUGAGAAAUGUAAAGAAAAUAAUGGGAGAUUAAUUCAAGACGUUCAAUUGCAAAAGACACAGCAACCAUAUGCACCACAUAUUACGAAACAGAAGAUAUAUCAGUGGUUAUUAGCUCACAAUUUGCAGAAAUAUUAUAAACCGACAAGAUAUUAUAUUACUUUUGACUUUGAAACAUUAGAGACUAAAGAAGAAUUACAACUUUCUGAGUGUGCAACUUUGAAUGCUUACUUAAAACCAUUCAUGGUAUCAUCAACGGUUAAAUUAAAUGAUAAAACAUACACGAGGAAUUUUUGCUUAACUUCGAGUGAUUCUUUUAUUUCUGAUUGGAUUGAGUUUUUAUUUUCAACCUGUUCAUUAGUUGUUGAAUCAAAUAUGAGUCAAUACGAUGAAUUAUUGAAGUCGCAAACAUUAAAUGAAAAACAGAAGGAAGCAUUUAAAGAACUUCUAGAUGAGGAAUUCAAUAAAGUGAAUAUCAUAGGUUUUAAUUCGGGAAAGUUUGAUUUAAAUUUAAUUCUUCGUGAUUUAAACACUGCAAAAUGGAAAAUAAAAUCAAUGCUGGGUUCAUCUUCACAAUUUAAGCAAGUCAUUGUAAAGAAAACAAACGUUCCAUAUGAAUUAAGAUUUAUUGACAUCAGAAAUUAUAUAGCGGGUGGGACAUUAGACCAAUUCACUCAAGAUUUCGGAAACAAUAAAUCACGU